AUGUCCGGGGCGUUCGAGACAGCGGCUGGUGCGUUUGCCGUUGUUGGAGUCGUCGACGUCGUGUUACGAACUGGUCGCGAAAUCUUUGCCUUCCUUUCUGAGGUGAAAGACGCACCAAGUAACAUUGAAAAGCUAUUGAACAGCAUCAACGACACAGUACAAUUAUCUCAGGCUGCUAAGGCAUGUCUCAAAAGUCUUGACACUGGUCACUCUUCACUACCUAAGGCUGAAACUGUACUGUCUCUGGAAUCCGCUAUCAAAGCUCUCAAUCGUGAGCUGCAAAGUCUCAAGGGUACGACCGCAAAGUUCAGGGGAAGCAAGACAUGGAGUCGAGUCAAAUACGUUCUCAACGAUGCCAAAGUAGACAAAGCGAUCAGAAACCUGGAAUCGAACAAGCUACUUCUUUCUGGUGCUUUGACACUGGCAUGCAAUGAACUGUCUGCACGUGGACAAGUGGAGACUGUUCAAAGUAUAACCAGCCUCUCAACGACUUUAUGCACCAAAGUGGACACUCAGACUCAGGAGAUCAAGCAAAAGCUCGAUGCACAUCAUCAAAGCAUUCUCGCAAUGCAUACCAACCAGGAGCGAAAGAUCGUGUCCACGCUCAAAGCUCAACAUAGCUCGCAGAGCAAGCAAAACGCGGACGCUAAUCGGAAACUCUUGUCUAGGCUAUCUUCCGCAAGCCUCGAAGUCAUCGCUCGCCAAAAGGAGUUGAGACGUCUAGCUAAGCAAAAUUCCCGCCAUAAUUUGACUUCAAUUUCUAUACUUACGUCCGAGAUCAUGCAACUAAGAAAAUCACUCGGAAUUCGUGCUGCGCAGCCUAUCCAGUAUCAUCGUAACAUUCUCUUCUUUGGAGAGCAUCGCGAUAUGAUUAUGGCGUAUCUAUUGCCCCUCCAGAGUGACUUGGACGUUGCACUUGAAAGUCUAAUCGUUGACCACGGUCAAGAAAUUUCAGUGGACCAUGUGCACUGGCUUCAGAUGGAGUUUCGGCGACUUAUUGCUUCAGCAGCGCAAGAAAGCGCGACUCGCUUUCCAGAAUCAACAGCGACAUCAAUUGAUGAAUGGUGUUAUCCAUUAGAAUCAAAUAGCAGUAGCUCGAAGAUGAGUGUCGAACAGCAACUCCAAAGACCUUACUCAGGCCAUCAGGAGGAAAGCCUCCACGCCAAUCGGACGGCUGUCAUGCCGCGCUCACACGUAACUUCAUCGAAUCAGAUGUGGUCAACGAACACACCUUCUGGAGAUGUCUAUAUCUCUUUACCACCUGCACAAUCGGCUGGGGGCCAUGAUCAGACCGGGACGGAAGUUGGUCUGUCCUGUAUGAUCACUCAAAAUCGCUCGACAUUUGCUGUAAACGCACGAUUCCGCCGCGUUUCAGAUGGGACAUCUCAGCCAAAGGUGCAAACACAACUCAGCGUGUUCAACAGGGUUGAAGGUGUGUACGAUGUAUAUUGGCAACUUUUUAGGCGUGGAACCAUUGCCGAGAUUGACUUUGCUUAUCGUAAUGGGACGAUCUCACCUUUCCAUGUGGACGAACAAGGCUCCAACUACUAUUUCAACGUAUGUAACUCCGUCAUUCUCCCCGUAGCGAGCAGCGAAUUCGGGGCAUUAUGCUAA